GCCAAGCAUGGCGGACUCUGAGGUGCUGCUCAGGCGGGUUCCGAGCCGCUCCUCUUGGCAGCGGGCUCGCAAGGCCCGGUCCCACCUCCUCCUCAGCCGUCGGGGCCGUCGCCGGUUUGGGGUCCUGACCCGGGGCGAGCUGCGGCGCCUGCGACGGCGGCUGCUGCGGGCCCAGGCUUUGGGCGGCGACUGGAAGCUAGGUGUCACCGCGGGCGCGCACGUGGCGGAAAAGUGCAAGGUCCGGAGCCGCAGCGGGUCCACGCCGGGCACCGGGUCCACGCCGAGCAACCUACCCUCGCCCCGCAGCCAGCCCACGCCGCGCCGCCAGCCCACACCGCGCCGCCAGCCCACGCCACGCCCGCAGUCCACACCACGCCCACAGCGCGCGCACAACUUCCCACCCCUGCCGACGAACGUCACCCAAGCCGUGCGGAGCAUAGGCUCCGGCCGAGUGUUGUUGGUGCUGCCAGCCGAGGAGGACUUUAUUUUUAGUGGGAUAUGCCGUGUGACUUGCAUCUAUGGCCAGUUGCAAAUCUUUGGCCAUAUCAUCAAACAAGGCCAGCCCGCCCAAGAUGUGUUUUCUGCGUACACCCAUUCUUUCCUGAGCAUCAGGGCGAUGCUGUACCCAGAACCCGAGAAAAGUGAAAAGGAGGUCAGAAAAGAGAUGCGGGCUCUGCUCAAGCCACACAUGAAACUGGAUGACAGACACUGGGUGAUGCACUAUUUCUGUCCCCUGGCCUCCGUUGUGCUGCUGGAACAGCUGCGGUCCCCUGCCGUGGACUUCAUGAGCUCCUAUAAGUGUGCUUCUUACGUCUUCCGGCAGGAGCAUUAUCCUGUGCGGGUUAACGCUGAGUUUAUAACUUUGAAAACAAUUGGCCUCAGAAGACAGCGGAAGAGGGCAGGCAUCUUCUUGAGUGACAGUGCCCAUUGUGCCCUGGAGGAGCUCGUCAGCGUGUCCUGUGUAGAUGGCUGCCCUGUCAUCCUGUUGUGUGGCGCCUGUGACGCGGGAAAGUCCACGUUCAGUAGAAUACUGAUUAACCAGUUACUGAACAGCCUCCCUGGGGUUGACUACCUGGAAUGUGAUCCCGGGCAGACAGAGUUCACGCCUCCUGGCUGCAUUGCUUUACUUAACAUUACAGAACCGCUGCUGGGACCACCUUACACCCACCCAAGGAAGCCACAGAGGAUGGUGUAUUAUGGAAAAAUGACUUGUCAUAAUGACUAUGAGAAUUAUAUUGAGAUAGUGAAGUAUGUGUUCAGAGACUACAAGAGAGAGUACCCACUUAUCAUCAACACGAUGGGCUGGGUAAAAGAUGAUGGACUGCUGCUGCUUGUUGACCUGAUCCGGCUGUUGUCUCCCAACUACGUCAUUCAGUUGUAUUCUCCCCGGGGUCCUACAAUGCCCUCUCUGACCUCAGAGUAUGUAGAGCUCACAGACGGUCUGUAUACAAAAAGCAAGAUCAGGAAACGUAGAGGGUUUGAAAUUGAAGAAUUUGGAGACAGUUUGGGUUUUACUGAAGAAGAGAAAGACUCCGGUCCAGUUCCGGUCUUCCCUGGACAUAAGCUGAUGCUUGUUUACUCAGAAUUUCCGUGUAGUAAAAAUGAGAAAAAUAGGGCCAAAUACAAUAAAAUUUUUCGAGAUCUGGCGGUGUUGGGCUACCUUAGCCAGCUGGUGCCUCCCGUGCCAGGGCAGCUUAGUCCUUUGCACAGCCUGACGCCCUAUCAGGUUCCCUUCAAUGCAGUUGCUGUCCGGAUCACUCAUGCUGAUGUUGCCCCUGCCCACAUACUGUACGCCAUAAAUGCCAGCUGGGUUGGGCUUUGCAGGAUACUGGAGGACAUGAAAGGAUACACUCGGGGUCCCAUCCUGCUUGCCCAGACCCCCAUAUGUGACUGUUUGGGCUUUGGCAUCUGCAGAGGCAUUGACAUGGAGCAGCGGAUGUACCACAUCAUCACCCCUCUGCCUCCAGAAGAGCUGAAAGCUGUGAAUUGUCUGCUGAUUGGUUCCAUUUCCAUUCCACACUGUAUUAUCAAGAACCAGCCUGGGCUUGAGGGGACAAUUCCUUACACCACCACAGCUUAUAAUUUUAAACUUCCUGGAGCAUCGGAGAAAAUUGGAGAAAGAGAGUUUGAACAUGCUUCCCAAGGGUACAGAUUCUACAGAAGGAAAAAGUAAAGCCUCAGUAUAGACGGAGGCUAUCUGCCUGCAAACCUUGUCCUCGAGCUUGGAGUCGGCAGGUCGGUGGGGCUUUGUGACUGUGAACAGCGCCCUCGUGUCCAGUGAGGUUCAUGAGACUGGACAAUGCAAUGUGCUGCAGAGUAAAUAGCUCAAGAUUCCAUUUUUCGUUUUCCCUCUAAGACAUGGUCUCCAUCAUCCAAGUGUGGCAUUACCGUUCUGUGUCAGCACACCCAGCUUUCAGGGUUUUCUCUGAAGCUGUUUGAUCUCAAACUUGGCCUGGACUGCUUUCCGACUGGCCGUCUGGCUGAGUGAAGUGUUUCCUGACGGGCUGUGGAGCAGUAAGGAAAGCUGUGCCUCAUCACCAGACCAGAAGACCACAGCCCUCUCAGUUCACCAAGGACCUGACCAUUGCAAUCGAGAUAAAAUUGGGGAAUCCAGGACCACAAAAAUGUGCCAAAAAAUGGGCAGCAGGCUGACCCAGCAGUCCUCAGGCUCAGUGCGCAGGUGCCUGGGUCUGAGCAGGCUGGAUGGACACGAGUGGGAGAGGCUUACUUUGAGCCACCUGGACCUUACCAGUUAGGUGAGGUGGACUCAAAUGCCUGGUCCUUGGAUGCCCCUGAAUCUCCUAAUCAUGCAGUCAAGUGUUAGAGGCUUGUAUGUGCUCUGUUACUUUCUCUGCCAUCAUAAUCAUGAGACUUUAUGUUGAAGAAGUCGUUCUGACAUCCAGAAAGCCUUCAGAUGGUUCUGUAAGUCUGGGUGUGCUCUGAUUGACUCCGCUGUUGAGGCGGGACACACUGCCACAGAUCCACCAACCUGUGAACAGACACCUUUAUAAUCAUGAGACUUUAUGUUGAAGAAGUCGCUCUGACAUCCAGAAAGCCUCCAGAUGGUUCUGUAAGUCUGGGUGUGCUCUGAUUGACUCCGCUGUUGAGGCGGGACACACUGCCACAGGUCCACCAACCUGUGAACAGACACCUUUAUAAUCAUGAGACUUUAUGUUGAAGAAGUCGCUCUGAUAUCCAGAAAGCCUCCAGAUGGUUCUGUAAGUCUAGGUGUGCUCUGAUUGACUCCGCUGUUGAGGCAGGACACACUGCCACAGGUCCACCAACCAGUGAACAGACACCUUGUGCCUGACUUGGGCAAACCUUUGCUGCCAAUGCUUUCUUCUAGGUACCUGGAAGCUACUGCCAGCGCCAUUUUUUUCCUGAGCCUAUUUUGUAAUUAGAAGUGACUGGGUCAGGUCAUUUUUGUGGAUGAAAAAUAAUCAGGCCGCUGAGGAACUUCUUGAGUUGUCGUGACUGACACAUCAGGAUUUCACCUUCUAGCAGGAUCAUAUUCAAAGACCAUUCCAGCCUGGGAAAGGAUUAAUAAUGUUUAUGUUCACGCAUACCAUUGAUUAUUUCUGUCUUGUCUGGGACCAUACCACCCUGCGCGUGCCUGGUCUUGUCUGCUUGGACCCCAUCUUUGGCCUUGGCAUUUGAAAAACGCGUUAGGAAGCCUGGCAAGUGGUAGCACAUGCCUUUAAUCCCAGCACUUGGGAGGCAAAGACCAGAGGAUCUCUGUGAGUUCAAGACCAGCCUUAUCUACAGAGUGAGUUCCAGGACAGCCAGGGCCACACAAGCAAAAAAACACUGUCUCAAAAAAUCAAAAAAAAAAAAAAGGGGGCUGGAGAGAUGGCUCAGAGGUUAAGAGCAUUGCCUGCUCUUCCAGAGGUCCUGAGUUCAAUUCCCAGCAACCACAUGGUGGCUCACAACUAUCUGUAAUGGGGCCUGGUGCCCUCUUCUGGCCUGUAGGUGUACACACAGAAAGAAUAUCGUACACAUAAUAAGUAUUAAAAAAAAAAAAAAAAAGAAAAAGAAAAACCCAUUAGGAGACAGAACUGCAGCAGCCUGGUUGGUCUGAAACCCUCUAGACCAUAUAAGGACUCACUAAUUAGCUGUCCCUUAUUUAUAUCUAGCUUUAGCUUGUGUUGUGUCUAUUUGGUGGGGAGUGGGGUCAUCUCACAUUGCUCAAGCAGGUGCCUGUGGGCUCCAUUGCUUCUGAUUUCUGAGAUGGCAGAUGUGCACAGCCUUAGCCUUGCACCAGCUCUCUUCUGUGCCCUCCCCAGAUCUUCCUGUCUUCACAAGAAUAAAGACCCUGAAAUGUA